GAGAAGAGCUAGCAUUGAUUUGGGGGAAAGUGGUUUUGGGGAAAGUGGUUUUGUGGGGAAAGUGGUUUUGUAAGAUAAUGAGUGAAAGAAAGGAAGAGGAAGGAAGUGUGAGUUUGGAGGUUUUGAGGAUGAAAAUGGCAGAAUUUUCUAAGGAAAGGAAUUGGGAUCGCUUUCAUAGCCCAAGAAAUCUCCUCCUUGCUUUGGUGGGAGAAGUGGGAGAAUUAUCAGAAAUAUUCCAAUGGAAAGGAGAGGUACCAAAAGGGCUGCCAGAGUGGGAAGAAGAGGAGAAGAAGCACUUGGGAGAAGAGCUUUCUGAUGUGCUUUUGUAUUUGGUCAGACUCUCUGAUAUUUGUGGCAUUGAUCUUGCUAAAGCUGCCUUAAGGAAAUUGGAGCUCAAUGCUAUUAAAUACCCUCUUUCCAAUUCCAAUAAUUAAACUACUUUUAUUACUCGUUUCAUAACGUUUAACGUUUAAAAUAAAUUUAAUUAGUAUAUGGGAAAAUUAUCAUAAACAUAUCUUUGGUAACUAUUUA